GCAACGUCCGCGACGGCUGACAAGCAUGUCCAGCGGGCGGCUACUCAACGCUCCUCCUCUAGUGUUAUUCUUUGAUAUAUCUUGUCUUCGACCGUCACCCCGCACGCCAGUAUGCCUCUGCACGGCACUUGUGAUCGUAAGGCUGUCUAUCCAUCCCCUGCGGUGAAUGCGUUGCUCUCCAAACACCUUCGCCUACUCGUCAAGACCAAUCAGUAACUGUCACCGAGGCUCCGCUACUAUGACUCGGAACCACCCUACCCGCUGGUUAUAUACCUUGCCAGACUGACGAAGCAGCAUCGACAAACCUUCUGACCACAAACUUCAACCAUGACUGUCGAGUUGUCUCCUCAAAAGAUAGAAAUUGCCAUCAUCGGCGGGGGCAUUGGCGGUCUCGCUUUCGUGCUCGCCAUGCAGCGCUUCUGCGUCAUGUCCAAGUUCAAUAUCAACGUUUACGAAGCGGCGACCAAGAUCUCGCAGAUCGGUGCCGGUAUCACUGUAUGGCCGCGCACAAUCGAGAUGCUGAACGACCUUGGGAUGAGGGAGGACUUCGAGGCGUUCUGUGUUGAUAAUGAACAGCUGCGAUCGUUUAUCUGUCGCAAGAGCGACCAGUCGGAAGGCCACACCUUCCGCGAGAUAUUCCUCGAAGACGGCAACAUGCUCAUGGUCCACCGCGCCGAAGUUCAGGAAAUCUUCCUCAAACACAUCUCCAAAGACGUUCACUUCCACCUCUCCCAUCGCCUUGAGAGCUAUACCUACGCGGACGGCAAUGGUCCCCACCGCAUCCACCUGAAUUUCCGAAACGGCCAGGUGGCCCACUGCGACCUCCUCAUCGGUGCCGACGGCGUCAACUCGGUCGUGCGGCGCACUUUCUUGCCACAUUUGGCGGAGAAAUAUGAGCGGCCCGAGUACAAGGCGUCGAUUGAGCCGUUGUUUAGCGGCAGUUGUGUGUACCGAGGACUGAUCCCGAGGGAGAAGCUGGCGGAGAGGUGGCCUGGGCAUCCGGCGCUGGAUAGGCCGUAUCAGUACUGCGGUAAGGACAUGCACAUCGUUGUCUUCCCUGUACAAAAGGGUCGCUUCAUCAACGUCGUGCCAUUCUACUUCGACUACGCCCGAGAGGACUCGACCUGGGAAGGCCCAGCGCUCAGAGACGCGACUUGGGACGAGAUCCUGAAGAUGUAUGAGGGCUGGGAGCCUGAGGUUCAGGCGCUGCUUGAGUGCAUGGAGAAUCCGACGCACUGGGCGAUCCUGACCGUCAAGCCUGUCGAUAUAUACGCAGACGAUGGCGUUAUACUUCUCGGUGACGCAGUCCAUGCCCUCACCCCGCACCUCGGCGCCGGCGCUGGGCAGGCUAUCGAGGACGCCUACGUCCUUGGCCGCAUUCUCGGUCACGUCUCGGGCACCGCCAAGAACGGACUCACGACCUCCUCCCUUCACGGCGUGAUCCUGCCCUCCAAGUUCAGCUCCACCGUUGCUGCCGGCAUCUCCCGCGCCAGUGACAUCUCGCCCGCGCUCAUCUCCUCCCUCUCCGAGAAGACAAAUGCCAUCUACAACCGCCUGCGCCCGCCGAUCGCGAACUUCGUGCAGGCGCGGGCCCGGCUGCAGACGCGGUUCUACAACUUUAACGAGGUGGGGGCGGAUCUAAGCCUGAUUGAGGCCGGCUCGCCGGUGCAUGCGGAGGUGAAGGAGGGAGCGGACGCGCUGGAUGAGGGGAGGUUGGCGAAGCUGGGUCAUGGCAUCUGCGAUGGGUACCAUUGGCGGAAGCAUAGCAUUGUGCGCGAGACGGAUGAGGAGAUGAAGAGGCUGCUCGGCGAUGCGGUGUAGGGUCAGGGGAUGGUGCGCGAUGGAAGAUGAGGGAGACAAGCGUGUGUCCUUUGUUUAUCUUACCCGCGAAUGAGGAUGAUUGUUUUGUAUAGGGAGCGUCUGCGUCGUGCUGUCGUACCCAUUACUUGUGCGGCACUUAUCUUGGGACCAGGGUUGUUCGUAUACAUUGAGGGCCGCAUUCCUUGCUUGCGGCGCUAGGGUGGGACGGCGCGUGAAUCGUCACCGCGUGUAGGCGCGUGUACCUACCCGCACUCGUCGCGAGUUCUGGUCUGCCAACUUGGCAUUCACCGAUACUGACUCAGCG